GAACACUCACAGCUGACAAAUAAUAAUUCGUGGCCGGUUUCAGUCGGUCUCAAGGCCGUCCGGUCGGAGAUUUCUGUAGUGGGGAAAAAGUCGGCGGCGUCGAAAAAUUCGGCAUCUCCAAACCGACUCUUUGUAGGUCUACCCCUAGACUCAGUCUCCGAUUGCAACACUAUAAACCACACCAAAGCAAUCUCUGCCGGUCUAAGAGCCCUCAAGCUCUUGGGCGUCCAAGGAGUAGAACUUCCGAUACAGUGGUCCAUCGCCCAACCAGAGUCCACUUCCGAGUACUGCUGGUCUUCUUAUCUCGCCCUCGCUCGCGUGGUUCAGGAUGCUGGCCUUGAGCUUCGCGUUGGACUUCACUUGUAUGGCUCCAAGAAGAGCAGGCAGGAGGUUUGUCUGCCUAAAUGGGUGAAAAGGAUUGCUAUGGAGAAACCCGAUAUACUAUUCACUGAUAGAGCUGGUCAGCGACAUGCGGGGUGCCUUUCGUUCGCUGUUGAUGAGUUACCAGUUCUUGAUGGGAAGACGCCGAUGCAGGUGUUUGAGGAGUUUUUCUUGAGUUUUCAGGGUGAAUUCUCCGGUCUCAUCGGUUCAACCAUUACGGGCAUUCUAGUAGGCCUUGGACCAGACGGAGAGCUCCGAUACCCAUCCUAUCCACCGACCACCACCACUACCCAUCCCUUCACCGGAGUCGGAGAAUUCCAAUGCUACGACAAAUUCUUGCUCGCCAAUCUCAAAUCCCAUGCCGAGAACUCCGGCAACCCUUGUUGGGGUCUCUCAGGCCCUCACGAUGCCCCAAGCUACAACGAAUCGCCAAACUCAACCAACUUCUUCAAUGACCAAAAUGGCUCAUGGGACUCACCCUAUGGAAAAUUCUUCCUCUCUUGGUAUUCCAACCAACUCCUCUCUCAUGGUGACCGCCUCCUCUCGAUUGCAUCAAAAAGUUUUGCAAACUUACCAAUAACCCUCUCUGCAAAAAUCCCGCUUCUGCAUAAUUGGCAUAAGACUCGGUCUCGUCCAGCUGAACUCACUGCUGGAUACUUUAACGGUUAUGUCUCAGUUGCAGAGACUUUUGGGAGGCAUUCUUGUCAAAUGGUUGUAUCGGGCAUGGAUUUGGUCGAUAAAGAUCAACCAGAAGGAUUACAAUCAAGCCCAGAGUUGUUGCUCGAUGAAAUUAUUGGAGCAUGUAAAAGAAACGGAGUGAGGAUUUCUGGGGAGAAUUCUCGAUUGGUUGGCUGGGAUUUUGGUAGAAUUAAGGAGAAGUUAUCGGUGGUUGGUUCGUUUACUUAUCAGAGAAUGGGGGCGGAUUUCUUCUCGCCACAGCAUUUCUUUAAGUUUGCAGAGUUUGUGAGGAGUAUGAAGGAGAUAGAGUUAGGGGUGGAUGAUUUGGCGAGCGAGGAAGAGACAUUGUCGAUGGGAAUGGAGGGUGCGUCGAGUGGAGAUAGAGAGAUGCAAGCAGCGUAAGAACUAUGAUAUUUUUAUGUGCAGAGGCGCGUGUGUAUAUAAUAUACUCAGUUCAGUUGAGGCGACUUUAUACUGGAAACAAAGUGAAAUUGAAUGCUGUAAUCUUGUAAGAUUGUUAUUUCACAAAGUCUAAUGUACAACCUUGUCCUCAAUGUAAGAUGAGAGCUGAAGAAGGUUAAACCAUAAAACAUGUAAUGUGAUAUGACGUUGAUUCAUGGAAAAGCUCCACUUUGCAGUGAG